CAGGGUCACUACAGCCGCUUGGAGAAGUGAAGGCCGUGGAAUCAAGUGCUGCCUGAGGGAAACCUGGUAUCACCUUUCCACUGCAGUGAGAGGCAAACCAACCAGCCCAGAGCAUCCUGACAAGACAAGGGUGACUGACAGCUCUACCGUCCAAUCACAUGGCGGUCUUCGCCCCGCGGAUGGGCGGUGCUUCCUGGUCCGCCGUGCUGGUCGGGUCGCGGUGCCGGUCCCAGCUCGCGGAGGUGAUGGCGGCUCCGGGCGGCGCCGGUGGGGCUGGAGCGGGGCAGGGAUCCGGGCCGCCGCCGCCCGGGGACCUGCGCAGCGUGCUGAUCACCAGUGUGCUGAAUCUGGAGCGGCUGGAGGUCGACCUCUUCAGGGGCCGGCACCACUGGGUACCCGCCACGCAGCACCUCUUCGGCGGGCAGAUCGUGGGGCAGGCGCUGGUGGCGGCAGCCCAUGCCGUGAGCCGCGACGAGCAGGUGCACUCGCUGCACUGCUACUUCGUGCGGACAGGGGACCCCAAGGUGCCAGUGCUGUACGAGGUGGAGCGGACCCGUACAGGGAAGAGUUUCUCUGUUCGUUCCGUAAAGGCCAUCCAGCACGGACAGCCGAUCUUCACCUGCCAGGCCUCCUUCCAGCUCUCCCAGGGAAGCCCAGUGCAGCACCAGUUCACCAUGCCGACCGUGCCACCCCCCGAGGAGCUUCUGACACAGGAGGAGCUCAUCCAGAAGUUCCUGCAGAAUCCUAAUGUGGCUGAGAGAUACAGGAAGCAUCUCACCAAGAUCCAAGCUCAGGAUGUGCCGAUUGACAUUAAACCCGUGAACCCACCAGAUAUAUUCAGCUCAGAGCCACAAGAGCCAAAGCAGCUCUUCUGGGUGCGAGCACGAGGCUACAUAGGGGAGACUGACAUGAAGGUGCAUUGCUGUGUGGCCGCCUACAUCUCUGACUACGCCUUCCUGGGCACGGCCCUGCUCCCGCAUCGGCAGUACCACGUCAAGUUCAUGGUGUCCCUUGACCAUUCCAUGUGGUUCCAUGCGCCCUUCAGAGCUGAUCACUGGAUGCUGUACGAGUGUGAGAGCCCCUGGGCUGGUGGGUGCCGCGGCUUGGUGCAGGGACGGCUGUGGCGCAGGGAUGGGGUCCUGGCUGUCACCUGUGCACAGGAAGGUGUCAUCAGGGUGGAACAGACACCAAACCAGAGCAAGCUCUAGCUGAGGAGACCCUAUAGCUGGGGCUCAGGCAUGCCUAGGGAGGGACCCUGAGAUCAAGACAGGACCUCGACAGGAACAGGAAGGAGACCAGGUGGGACCAAGGACUGCAGGAAGUCCUGGUGCCAGAGGUGUUUGUGACAGACUGUGACCAACAGAGCAUCACUGCAACCAGCUGCUAGCUGCACAGCAUGUAACUGCACACUGCCAUCAGCUGUCCUUCACCCACCUUAAAAUAAAGCUGUUGGGUGAAGAGCUGGA